AUCCAUCUUUCUCUCUUGAUAUAUCUAUUACAUUUUCUGUUUAGGCAUUCUUCUCUCAUAUAAAAAUGUCUAGUGAGGGAAAUAUUGUUGUUAUGGUUCAUUGGAAUGGCUCUACAUCUCAAAAAGAUGAUGAAAUAGAGUACUCCAUACCUCCUAGGGCGGUACUAUUCAUUAGUGAAGCAGAUGAUUAUACUACUAUACAUGAGAAUGUUCUAAAUCAUGUUAGAGGCGACGGAUUUUCCGAAAUUAAAUUAAUUUACGGAAAAUUGCCAAAAUAUAAGAAUUCUGUAUAUGUUGCUUCUAGACUAUGGCCCAUUCACGAUGAGCAGACAUGGCGUCAUUUUUUCCGGAUAGCUAAAAAUGAGUAUGAGGAGUUGCACAUUUACGUGGAAGCUUCAGCGACCCCGCCACAAACUUUGACGUUCCACGGAACUCCCAGAGAGGAAGGCCCAUCAUCCGUAUAUGGUCGGAGGAACAACGGCCAAACGUUUCAGAACUACGAAUCUCCUGUCACAAACUUGGGUGAAGAGUCGGACGACCCAGACUAUGAACAAGGUUUUAGUAGUGAUGUCGAUUCAUCCACGAGCGAUGAUAGUGACGACGUAGUAGACACCACCUGGGCUAAUGUGGAGCUAGAAGAACCAUAUGUUCAAGCAUUAGAUUCUGAGCCUGAAAGGAUCGAAGUAGGCGCAGUUUACUGUUCAUAUGAUACACUGAAAGAAGCGGUGGCGAGAGAAAACAUUCGUCAAUUUCGUCAAUUCAGAACGGUUGACAAAAGGCCACGGUCCUGGAAGGCGGUUUGCAUAGACCCGACCCUUUGCACUUGGCAUAUCCAAGCAGGAGAAGGUAUGACGUCAAAAAAGUGGAAAGUAAAAAAAUAUCAACCCCAUCACAGUUGUAGGGAGGAUCCUGUCAUGGCUCGGGAUGACAGGCUCCUAACGGCCAAAAUUAUAGCCAGUGAAAUCGCUCCAAAAGUGAAAGUCGACCCGGACUACAGCAUUAAACUGAUAAUGUCAGACAUAUAUGAAAAAUUUAAUAUCCGUGUUUCAUAUAAAAAAGCUUGGAAUGGACGCUUGAUCGCUCUGGAGCGUAAAUUCGGCAAUUGGGAGGCAUCAUAUAAUGAACUUCCUAUGUUGUUGGAAUCUAUACAGUUUUCAAAUCCGGGGACUGUUGUUCAUUUGCAAUCACAACAGGCCGGCACUCCUGAUACGUCUGAAUUCCGCCGAGUGUUCUGGUCAUUCAAGGCUUCUAUAGACGGUUUUAGAUUUUGCUUACCCGUAGUCUCGGUUGAUGGCACUCACUUAUAUGGCAAAUACAAGGGAGUUCUUCUAGUUGCGGUAGCCAUGAAUGCUAACCGUGAGAUAUUUCCUCUUGCAUAUGCUGUUGUUGAGAGUGAGAAUGCUGACAGCUGGUCGUGGUUCUUUGCAAGGGUUAUGCGUGAUGUGGUUGGAAAUCACCGUAGUGUGUGCAUUAUCUCUGAUCGUCAUGCAGGAAUUGAAAGUGCAUUUAGAGCCUUGCGAGAGUUGAGAUCGCCACAAGUUUCAAAGCAUUAUUGCCUCCGUCACAUACGGAGUAAUUUCAUGACCAAGUUUAGGAACGCGGAACUGAAAAAAUUAUGUUGGCAAGCUGGUAGCACUCCCACAGAACAGGAAUUUCACGACUGUAUGCAACAAAUACGAGACAUAAAUGAGAGUGCUUUUCUAUAUUUGAAUGAGAUUCCUGUUGAGAUGUGGGCCCUGAGCUAUGACGAUGGCAAAAGAUAUGGCAUUUUGACGACAAACCUUUCUGAAAGUUUUAACAAUGUCUUAAAGCGAUGCCGCACAUUGCCUAUCACAGCACUAGUAAAGGCCACAUUCGAUAAAGUCGUCCAACUAUUUGCCGAUCGACGAAAUGCGGGAAUAAUGUGGCACCAAGCUGGAUUCUUGUAUCCACAGAACAUAUGGAAGGAUGUUCUUGAGCGGUCACAGCGUAGGUAUCACACAACUAUUGUCUCGCACAAUCGAACAACGGGAAUUUACUCUGUAGCUAUUGGUUCGCAUGAUCCAGUGACAAUCGAUCUGACAAGGCAGGAAUGUGGGUGUGAGUAUUGGAAGCAGAACGGGAUGCCAUGUGUUCACGCGUAUGCGAUUUGUCGGUUUUUAAAAAUAACCGUAGACAGCCUCAUCCCAGCUGUGUAUUCCUUAAAUGAUUACAUCCGAACGUACGCUUCCGAUAUUAUGCCUAUUAAUAAUUAUCUCAAUGUCAUGGCAGAAACAUCGCAUACACUUCUCCCGCCCCCAAACAAUAGAUCGGCUAGAGCCGGUAGGCCACAGAGAACUCGAUUUCCUAAUGAAAUGGAUUUGCGUUCUACAAGGAGAGGACAUGAGUAAUAUUGUAAUGUAUACCUUGUUGGGUUUUUUGAACUAAUGAAAUAUUUGUUCUCUUUGUUGUAGUUAUUGAAUUUUUUUAGUUUGCACAACAACUAUAAU